UUCUAUUUAUCGAGAUUUGCCGCGGAGGACAGAGGUGAGGAAGCGGUGGACAACCCCUCCUCUCCGUUUGACCGGUCAAAGUUGGUUCGUUUUGUUCCGAUCCAGAUCGAUCGAGCCGCGACGGGCGCCGGUGAUGAUGGCGCGAGCGGCGGUGGGCGUCCACGGUCUGUCUCCGGGGGUGGCGGUGGAGGGAAUGGCCGGGCGGAUGCGGCGGACGCAGUCCGCGCCGCAGCUGUGGUGCUCCCUGUCCGUCUCCCGCGCGGCAGCCGCCCCGCCGCCGUCGCUGAAGAGCAGCAGGUCGGUGGGGGCGCUGAUCCCCUUCGGCGGAGUCAUCUCCAACACGAUCCGAUCAUUCAUGUUCGAGGAGGAUGAGGAGGAAGAGGCGGCGGGCGCCGGCGAAGGCGAAAUGAGGCUGGUGGAGGAGAUCGAGGCCGAGGCGGGGGCGGAGAUCCGCCAGCGGGCGAAUUGGGUGUCUCGGAUUUUGGAACUCCGGAGACGAUGGAGGGAUCGGCAGAAGCAGCAGGACGCGAAGCACGGAACCGAAUCCGAAAAGGAGGAGGAAGAUGAGUACUGCGGCGUGAGCUACAACGACGACGACGAUUCAUCGGCGGCGAGCGGGGCUCGGGGCGAUUGGGAUCGGGAAUCGUUCGCAAAUUUGCUUGUGCCGGUGACAUGGCCGGAAACGAAGCUCUUCUCCCAACUCGCAUUCCUCUGCAACAAGGCCUACAAGAUCACAGAGAUCAAGGUGGACGAGCUGCGCGAGUGGUACCGCCUCGAGUUCGUGACCUCGUCCUUGGAGAAGAAGUCCGCAGCUGCCAUCAGGGCCAAGCUCGAGGUCGACUCCACGCGGCCGCCGCGAGGGUCUCCGAAGCCUCCCCAGGAUCCCUCGGCGGUUCGGUCCAAUUCACCCACGGCCGCCGCGGUCACCUCGUCCCUUGCUUACGAGGUCGCGGCCUCUGCCGCCUCCUACGUCCACUCUGGCGCUCGGGUCAACGUUUCCUUCGCCAGCGAAAACGGGGUCGAGCACCGCCGCCCGCCGCAUGCCUGCGGUGAUGCGGCGCCUACCAACGGUCGUAGGUGUAAGAACCCCGAGGUGGCCGCGUACGUGGCGGCCUCCACGAUGACGGCUGUGGUGGCGGCAGAGGAGGCGGCGAGGCAGGAGGCCGCUAAGGAUCUCCGCUCCCUCCACUCCUCCCCGUGCGAGUGGUUCGUGUGCGACGAUGUUGGUACGCGCACCCGCUGCUUUGUGAUCCAGGGGUCCGAUUCGCUGGCUUCUUGGCAAGCAAAUCUAUUCUUCGAGCCCACCAAAUUCGAGGGGAUGGAUGCUCUAGUUCACCGGGGGAUCUACGAAGCGGCCAAGGGCAUAUACGAACAAUUCCUCCCGGAGAUCGAAGAACACCUCCAUCGAUACGGAGACGGCGCCAGGUUUCGUUUCACCGGCCACUCCUUAGGCGGCAGCCUCUGCAUCCUUGUCGCCCUCAUGUUGCUGGCUCGAGGCAACGUGGAGCGCCACCACCUUCACCCGGUCGUCACCUUCGGCACGCCGUCCGUGUUUUGCGGCGGCGAGAGGCUCCUGCAGGCUCUGGGCUUGGACGAUGGCUUUCUCCGCUCCGUGAUGAUGCACCGCGACAUCGUCCCCAGGGCCUUCUCUUGCGACUACCCUGACCAGGUCGCUUUACUCCUCAAGCGGCUUAACGGCGUCUUUCGAUCCCACCCUUGCCUUAACAAUCAGAAGGUUUUGUAUUCUCCACUUGGCCGGACGUACAUCCUCCAGCCAGACGGCGAGUCGUCUCCCUUUCACCCUCUCCUGCCGCAAGAAUCCGCCCUCUACAUGUUCGACGGGAAUAACAUCCGCCAAGGAGGCUCAUCGGCAAGUGCACUGCGGGCCUUCAUCAACUCUCCCCAUCCACUGGAGACGCUGAGCGACCCCCGGGCCUACGGCUCCGAGGGCACCAUCCUCCGCGACCACGACUCGAGCAACUACGCCAAGGCCAUCGGCGUCCUUGUCCGGCAGCAGAAGGAGAACCUUCGCCAGCAAUCGAGGAAACAGCGGCUGGAACAGUGGUGGCCGCUCCUCCGCUCCUCUGACGCUGCAGGCUCCUGCGCAAGCCACCAAAAUCCAAUCUUGCAAAAGUCUGCGCAGUUGGUGCCCAAGGAAAUGGCUGCCACAGGAUUUUGACUCGACUCAGAAAAAACCUCACCACGCCAAAAUUUAGAUCCGCCGCCGCCGCCGCCGCUGCUGCUGAUAUCCUGUGGUUCUUCUCCUUAGGCUUCUUUGCAUCUCAUGGUGUUCGGCCGACAAUAUGUAGUUAUUGCAAAUAAUUUGCCUCUGUUUACUAUACCUCUUGCUUGAUGUAUACUACUUAGUGGAAAUAUUAACCUGUUGAGCUA